CUGCAGUUUGAACGGAAGGCGAGGUUCGGAACCGUUAACGAUGGUGGGGCGCGCGAUUCCGCGGAGGAGCUUGCAUUCGGUGCUGAAGAAACAUAAACCGCAACUGCGGCUCAGCAAGGACGUCCACAUCAUGGUACAUUUAAACUGUCUCUUGUUCCUUCAUCGUUUGGCAGUGGAGGCGAGGACUAAAGCUGUUGAAUCAAAAAGUUCUACCAUUCAGCCAAAGCAUGUCAAGGAAGUGGCAAAGGUUGUUCUGAAGAAGAGUAGAGGCUGAAGAAAAGAAAUAAUAAAUAUAUUAUCAACUUUACUUUCUGUCCUUUCUAAACCAGUUACCUGAAAUAUUGAAUUCAUGUAAAUCAAGUAAAGGAAAAUCAAUUUUUUGGCAAAUGUUUCUUUGUCUCAGUAAUUAAAAUAAGUAUGUUUGUCAUAUUUUUUCACUUUCAAGAAAAUCUCAUCACAAAAGACAGUUUUAAAUGUAUUUAUUAUAACAAUAAAGUACUUCCAUUUUAUGUUCUUUUGGAAUCCCUGGGCAAAUGAAUAAUUGUGAUUUCAGCCAAAGAUGUUUCUUGGAUUCCUGUUAAUUUCUAUAUACUGUGCUGCAAAAUGGAUCACUGAUCAAAAUAUCCUUAAUUUAACUUGACUGUGAUUUUAAUGUAUUGUGCAUAAUGUACAAUUCAUUGUAGUUUUAAAAAUGAGUUGUAUUUUUAUUUGCUAAAUAAUACUCGAGUGAUCUGAACAUGAGAAAAUAGCAUGAAAUCAAUAGUGUAUGGCCUCAGAAGCAGUCUGGUGAGAUGACUUAAAAACAUUUAACUUCCUCCAUUUUACAGUUUUCUAAAUAAUUAUUUUUGGACUAUUUUGUUUUGAACUCAUUUAGAAAAAGAAUUGUAUUUUAAAAAAAUGUUUUGGGUGAUAGGGAUUCUGGAGGACUGUGUAAUGUAGUCAGGGUCAAAUACAUCAGGGUCAAGCUGACUGCUUAAAUCUCAGAAGAAUUGCAAUAAUACCAAAUAUCUAACUGCUCACCUCUUUUAUGUCAUCUCGUGUACAUUUGAAUGAACAUAACAAUUUAAUUUGGGUUGUUUGCAAGCAUAAUUCUUUUGUGUGUUUUGCCUGUGGGAGGAUAUCUGAUGUUGCAAUGCUUCUGAUAUCGUAACAGAAAUUGAAAUGUAGGUAAGAUGGUAUUAGAUGAGUGUGUGGGGGUGUGUAAGUAUACAUGUGAAGUGAGUCAGACAUUUUUAUACCUUACAGUCACUUGUUAUGAUGCAGUGAUGACAUCAUGACAGUGUCUUUUAAGGAUAUAUGUACUAAGACAUAAUGCAACAUGUAAACUUUUGUAAAGAUUUUGAAUAGUAACUGUUUCCCACAGUAUUUGGGAUUUUACUGAAAAAAAUUGGAAAAGGAGCCUAUUGAAAAUAAAUUCCUUUUCAACUUAUAUUAGUAGAAUUACACUUGUAUUUCUCAAAGUAAUGUAUUGUUAGAAACUGCUGAGCAAUUGCACCUAUAUAUUUCAUGUUUUAAAUUAGAGGCAUUGACUUUGUGAAAUAAUUUCUGCAUGACUAGUG